AGUAAACUUGAGAAAAGAAACUAAAAUAGUAUUACUAUUAGUAAGCACAAUUCCCGUGUAAUUGGUUGGCAUAUAGCGGGAAUGCUAACAUGUUUGGCGGUGGAAAAAAGAAGAAGGGCGGUGCCGAUGAUGCGAAGCAGCCGCCAGCAUUACAAACACAAAAUUCGGAUCUGUUUGACUUGUCCCAACUGCGGAGCCUGGCAGGCAUGCCUCAGUCAGGUGUAGAUGAAGACGACUCGGCAUUAGAGGCUGAACUGGCUGCGUUGAUGGCAGAUGACGGAUCAGCUGGGCCAUCAAGGCCCCUUGCUAGGAACAGAGCACCACCUCCUCGGAAGACUGAUCUGGCUGUUGAGACAAAGGAGGUCAUUGAAGAAGACGAAGUGACUGAAGAUGAUCUGGAUAACCCAGAUUACUUGGCUGAGCUAGCCCUGCUGUCUCAGGAUGAUGCCAACAUGGAUAACUUGAAGCCUUCUCCUAGACCUUCCCCCAGAGCAUCCCCUAAGCCUUCUCCUCGAGCAUCUCCAAGACCCUCUCCUCAACCAUCACCAACAGGCUCUCCUGCACCUCAAAAGAAAUCUGAAGGUGACGUCAAAGCACUCAUUCAGGAGAGGAUAGAGAAUUACCAGUUGGCCCUGAAGAAUGCCGAGGCAGGCAACGAGAGCUCCAAGGCCCGACGAUACGGGCGAGGUCUCAAGAAUUUAAAAGAUAUGGAGAAGAAAGUUCAACGCGGCGUGAAAAUUGAUGAAUCGGAAAUUCCGCCAAUGGUGGCCACUGGGGGGAAACCCAAGCCUCCACCAGAAGUGGCUCCCCCUCCUCCAACGGAUGAAACAGUCCAACCACCAAGCAGUGACAAUGUUACUCAGCAUACGGACCGUUCCACGAAAGGGGUUGGGGAUUCUGAAAUGGCGUUGUUGAAACAGAGGCAGCAUGAGUACAAGAUAGCCGCCCUUGAAGCUAAGCGGGCCGGUAACAUGGAGACGGCUGCCGAACAUCUUAAAGUAGCCAAGCAAUUUGACUCUGUGAUAAGCGCCAUUGAGCAGGGAGAAGAAGUGGAUUUGACUGGUAUGCCGCCAUCACCGUCCACUCUACAAGAUAUGGCACCAACCGUACCGCCGCCCAAACAGCAGAAGAUGCAAGCACCAAGCAUCGAUGUCGUGUCACCAGCGGGUCACAGUGACCCUACACCAUCAGAUACAGAUACCCCAAUGCCUAGUACUCCUCUAGAAGCCUUGCAACUACGCCAUGAUAGUUACAAGACGCUGCUGGAUAAAGCUACUACGGAAGGAAAUGCUAGCAAAUGUCGGAGAUUAGGACGAAUUGUCAAGAACUAUCAGGAUGCCAUCAAGAAAGAAAGACUUGGCAAGCCUGUGGAUUAUGAAGAGCUCCCAGCCUUACCAGGAUUCCCUCCUAUCCCGCCAAGAGGUGGCGCUCCUAAAUCCCCAGGUCAGCCAUCUCUAGUCCAGCCAUCACCAGGUCAGCCUUCCCUAGUCCAGCCUUCCCCAGGUCAGCCUUCCCCAGGUCAGCCUUCCCUAGGUCAGCCUUCCCCAGGUCAGCCAGCCCCAGGUCAGCCUGCUGGUCGACCAUCUGGUGCAUCACCACAGCCAGGUGCAGCUGCUGCACCAGUCAGGCCUGCACUUGCAAGACCUCCCUCAGUGAAAGAAGCACAGAACCUGAAGAAUCUGAGGGUACUGGUUGCCAGGCAGAAGGAGUACAAGACGCUCGCUAUCCAAGCCAAGAAGGAGGGAGAUAUGGGUGAAGCUAUGAGACUGCUGAAAGUAGUCAAGGGAUUUGAUUCUAUGAUUGCAGCAAGCGAGAAUGGUCUGCCAGUCAACAUGGAAUCGAUUCCACCCUCUCCGCUCCAGCAACAGUCGUCCUUUGAGGAUGAUAUGGAGAUAGUGUCAUCAGGCGACGUGCCAGCAGGCGAAGAAUUGACGGCUGAAGUCCUUGCCGAUAGUAAACAACUCUACGCUCGUCUAAUGACCACCCUGAAGAGACAAAUUGAGAUUUGUGCCUCAAAUGAAAAACAGUACAUGCAACUUGGAAACUUGUCAACAUCAAAAAGAUUUGGUGACAUGAAGCAUAGUUGCCAGCAGGACUUGGAUCUUUUACAAGUGUCCAUGUCACAUUCAGAUCCUGUUCCUAGAUUUCACUACGAGUCCAGGACCAUUCCGUCAAUCAGAGUUAUCCCGGAUCUGACGGACACCGAAGUUGAGGUUAUCAUUGUGAACGGGAUUCAGUACAAGCUACCACCAGGAGAAAAAGAUCUGGAGACACAAGUCAAGUUUGAGUUCCCAUACCCAAGUGAUGAACCUCAAACUGGCAAGACCGGUUGGGGCAAGGGUGUUGAUACGAUAGAAUAUGACGACUCUACCAAGCUGAACAUUCAGCGCAACAGGUCGUUUGCAUCCUGUGUCAAACGGAGGUCCGUCAAAUUUGAAGUCUACUAUGCGAGAGGCUUUCUGAGGAGCGACAAGCUCCUGGCCCAGGCUAGUCUCAAGUUAGCGGAACUGGAAACGAAAUGUGAAAUUCAUGAAAGCAUACCAUUGUAUGAUGGCCGCAAACCCACUGGGGGCAAGCUUGAGGUCAAAGUUCGCAUCCACCAUCCACUGAGUGGAGUCAAGGAAGACCAAACCAAAGAGAAAUGGCUCGUUAUCAACAGCAAGCAUAAACCAUCGCAUGUUCCUAAAUCCAGUCCAAGUCAUCACAGUCCUACAAAGCAACCAACGCAACACGGACACUCAGCAGCAACCUCUCCACAGAAGAGCGUGCAGUCUGCUGAUAGUUUGUAUGUACUGAACUGGGAGUUAGAGCAACUCAAGAAAAAGAUGACAGAAUUGCAGGCGCAUAGAGGAAGUGUUCCCAAGGAACUGAUGGCACAGCAGAGGCUCACAUCAGACAAGAUACAGAAACUGCACAUUUUCCUGAAGGAGGGCGGACAACAAGCGAGGCAAGCAUACGUGGCCAGACUACAGUCCUCUUUACCAGGCUACAUCGCCCAUGCCAAGCAGACAUUAAUGGCUGGCAACAAGGACAAAGCAGGCGUGCUCAUGGCCAAGAAGAAACUCGUUGAACAAGAGAUUGCGUCGUUCAUGAAGUGAUUUCAGCAAAUGUUGUGAGAAAAAUAGAGAAAUUUAUUUUUUGUCCACUGUAGUACCAAUACGUCGUCAGGACAACGGUUCAUCACUACUAGGGAUUUGAAUCCAAGUUCAAUUCCGUAAAUGUGUCACAAACUUUUAUGCACCGUUUAAACAAUUUGCCAAAACUUCAUCAAGUACCUGCAAAGUUGCACCUAGGAAAGGCAUAGAACAUUUAUCAUGGUCUGGAGCAUAUUGGAAAUAUCAUACACAAUGAAUUGUAUACAAUGUAUAAGUUAGACGAAAUAGAUUGCUGCGAAUCAUUACAAAAUGUUAUAUUAAACCUUUGAGAUGUGAACAAGUGUACUGCCUUGCUUUUAAUGCUUUGGAGGUUAAAUAGGUUAUGACUAUAAAAUAGACUUCUGUUUUAUAGUAGAAUAAAAAUGUGGGCUAAUUGCGUGAAUCAAGGUCUGAUUAGGGCUGUGCAUCGGAACCGGGUACCCGAGUACCCGACCGCUGAUGUCAGGAACCGGUUCCAGAUUAUGGGAUCGGGUACCAGUAACCAACUUUACAAGUUACUUAGUUACUUCUCAGACAAUGAAAAAGACAGUUUUUUAAGUCAUUUGCGGGGAAUUUUCAAAAUGAAAACCAGGCUACAUGGCAAACCAAAACAGAUUUCACGUUGAUGUGCAAUGUAACACCCGACAGAUGAAGCUCGCGAAAGUUGCAGUUUACAUCCUAAAGCUAUAAAGUCCUUCGGACAACUUCCGGGAUUUGAAUUUUGAGUUGGUUUCUUUUACGGGUAACCAGGUACCCGUGUUUUACUUCAGUAGGGUAUCUUGUUUAUGUACUACCCGUAAGUGCACACCACUAGGUCUGAUUUUAAAAUUAGGGGUUUUGUUUAAACGUUUUGGAUAUAUUUUUGAGCAUCAUGCACAUCCACAAUAAAAACUGUAGACGUAUGAGCGGCAUGAUACGUUUUACUGACGGUAUAUUUUUAC